AUCAAUCAAUUAUAUAGACUGCUUACUAGAUGGAUUCAUUCGUCUCACAUAAUUUCACAUAAAUUGAUGGGAUUUUUUCGUUUUACGGCGAAACUUUUUAAUUGAAAGUAAAAAUCACUUGUUAAUUUGUCUGACGUUACAUAUUUUUAUUCUGUAGUGAAGUGGUUAAAAAAUGUGAUAUAAAAGUUCGAAAAAUAAGAGAAAAUAUUUACGCCAAGAAAAAUAUAAUAUUUAUUACAAAACGUAACAAAUGCUAAUCAGAAUAAAAAGCAAAUAAUAAAAUAUGGAAAAUUUUAAUCCAACUGUGAAUGAGUGUGUGAGCGUGUGAAGUAACAAGAAUGAAAAAAAUUAAAAAAGUUUCAAUUAAUUAUUAAUAUUUUCUUAAAAAUAACAAUAAAAAAUUAAUUUUAUCUAUUAUUGUUGAAUAGUUAUUAUUAAAAGACUCAUCAAAAUCGCAAAUAGAAUAAAAUUUAAAGGCGGCCUGCUCUGAAUUGAAGAACUAUGGCCAUGCAAGUUGGUCAUAAUAUUAAAAAUAUUUUUGACGUCAAUACUCAACUUAUUCCGGCACAACGUUUACAAGACUUGUACGAAGAUCACUAUUGCAAAUAUUACGGUGAACGAUAAUAUUUCCGACAGUCUAUUCGAUAGUGGAUAGUUGUGGAUAGUAUGGUGAAUAUAUUUAUAUUUUAAUAGUGUAAAUUCAUAACGUAUGUCUUCGAAAAGGUCAUAUACAUAUAUAACAUAUCUGGAGAUUAAACUUUAAGAAUGGUCUAAUAAAGUUGUGUUUACACCUCUAAGUAACCAGAGUAUUUUAAUAAGCAAAAAACCUAAUACACGUCCAUAACAUUCCAUCUAAUCUACAACGAAUACUAUUUGACUGCACUUAAUGGUACCGCUUCAAUUCAUCUAUUAUAAAAAUGGCAUCAUCUACGUUAAAGCAAAACUAUAAAGUUCCAUCUACUAGCAAAGUUUCAGUAGAUAAACUUCUACGAGUGGGAUGCUACGAUUUAGAGAAAACUAUUGGCAAAGGUAACUUUGCAGUUGUCAAAUUAGCAUCAAAUAUCAUAACCAAAACUAAGGUAGCUAUAAAAAUAAUCGAUAAAACAUGUCUUAACGAGGAAUAUCUUGCCAAGACGUACCGCGAAAUUUCAAUUUUAAAAAAACUUCGACAUAGACAUAUAACACGUUUGUAUGAAGUGAUGCAAUCUGAAACAAUGAUCUACUUAGUUACUGAAUAUGCUCCUAAUGGCGAAAUAUUUGAUCAUUUGGUAGAAAACGGGCGAAUGAAGGAACCAGAAGCCGCAAGAGUCUUCACACAAUUGGUAUCUGCUGUGGAUUAUUGCCAUUCAAAGGGGGUGGUGCAUCGGGAUUUAAAGGCCGAAAAUGUACUCUUGGAUAAAGAUAUGAACAUAAAGCUAGCAGAUUUUGGAUUUAGUAAUCGUUAUGAAGAAGGAAAUUUUUUAAGAACAUGGUGCGGCUCGCCACCUUAUGCAGCUCCUGAAGUAUUUCAAGGUUUAGAAUAUGAUGGCCCCAGAGCUGACAUAUGGAGUUUGGGUGUUGUUCUAUAUGCUUUGGUAUGUGGCGCAUUGCCAUUUGAUGGUAAAACUUUAUUGGAACUUAAAAGUCGGGUCGUAACAGGAAAAUUUCGGAUUCCCUAUUUUAUGUCUCAAGAUUGCGAGCAUCUUAUUCGUAAUAUGUUAGUCGUUGAACCAGAUCGACGUUUUACCUUAAAACAAAUAAUUAAACAUAGAUGGUUAAGUGAAUGGAUUGCUGAAGUUGAAAGAGAAUGUCAUCAAGUGAGGCAGCCAUAUAAUUCGAACUCUAAUAAUUUGCUUCAAAGUAGUACUACGAUCAACUGCACCGAAGAACUAUCAACGAAUCUUUCAACUCAAACAACAACAAACUCCACAUCAGUACCUAAUUUGGAUUCCGUUGUUAUGUCUCAUAUGUUGCAGUUAUCUGGUUUAACUGCAGACAAAAUUGCCCAAUCCGUACACGAACAUCGUUUUGAUAAUAUUUACGCAAUUUAUUAUCUACUCUACGACAAGUUACAACAAAAACGUAUAGAACAUCAAAAAAUCAAUCAACAUGCUAGUAGAGCUAGAUCUCGUACCAGCAUAACCACUGGCGUGGUAGACCGUUCAGAAAUCUUACAUCAAGAUGCAAUAGAUCGAUUGAGCCCUUUAAACAAUACUGGUGUCAAUCAAACGGGUAUGGAAUGUAUGUGGUCUGAUGUUUCUGUAAAUUUAGAAAAGUAUGGUGAUAUUGACCUUGAUUGUAUCCAGAGACAGAGCGAGAAUUUUAAUCAAAACCAAUUAUGCACCAACGUAACAUCAGUCUCUCAUGUGAGUGGAAACACCAGACGUCAUACUGUUGGACCCGGAGAUGUUGCUCAUGAACAAGCACUUCAAGACCCUAACGUUGUACCGUUAGACUUCAAAAAUGAACCUCGAAAUAAUCAACAACAAGCUGGGAACCAUCCUCCUAUAAAUUUACCCAUGUUACAAAAUCAACCCCUACAUUACUUAACCAUCAAAGACCAACACUUAUUAAAACCACCCCUCGUUAUGGGUGCAACUGGAUCAUUUAAUCGUCGAGCUUCAGAUGGAGGAGCCAAUUUACCGUAUUGCUUUACAACUGGACAACAACUAAACCAAACACAUCAGGAUCACAAUAUUCCUCCUGAUACCUUUUACAUAGAUCCUUGUGUCAAUGAAUUGACAGGUUCAAAUGCAAAUGAGCAAUUUUCUUCAGAUGUAACAACUAUUAAAACUUCAAAUUCUAUUCAUGAUGAGGGUUCUGACGAAAUACAAAGAUAUAUGAAGAAACGUGGUUGCACUAAACGCCACACCGUUGGUUGUACAGAAGAUCUUUCCGUGUCCCGCCACCCAGGUGAACAGCAGAACUUGCCUCACGUAUCGGUAAAUUUAAAACCUCAGACGCCAACAGGAGUUAUUUCUCAAAAUACUGGGUGUGUAGGUGGUGGAAUGCGUACGAGGCGUACAGGUUUACUUACUGUAACAGAAAGACCUCCCGUUAUAAGUCCUGAACUUAUACGUGAAGUUGAAUCACGUAUGAAUCGAAAUUAUUUGCCGCCAGCGCUAAAAUUACAGAGUAAUACAUCUGUUAGUUUAAGUCAGUCACCCCCAAAGUCCUCUGGUGGUCAUUCUUAUGUAGGCGGUACUUAUUAUAAUUCUUCAUCAAUUAGUUCUCCGUACCCUACAGUGGGGUCUUCUCCAAUGUGUAAUCCGCCAUCUUUAUCAUUAGCUUCGGCAUCUUCUGCCCCUUCUGCAGUUAAUUACCCUAGUAGACGAAUUUAUGGCAAAGCUUGCAAAUUGCCACCUGUUCAAGAAGUUGGUCGAUAUAGCCCCGUGAGAAGAGCAUCUGAAGGAUCUAAGACUCAAUUUCAAGGACCAUUGCAAGAAUGCCAAUAUCUGCAAAAGGGUAUUGCACAACGAAAUUUUCUGGUAGCGCCCAGCCCACCGCUUUUAGAGAACUCAAUAAGUUUACCUGGAUCUCCUAUACAUGGUAAACCAUCAAGUACACAUAAUAUUUUUCGCCGCAACGGUGGUGGUAAUUUAUCGUCUGUUAAUGACAUAGAAAUUCCAGAAGAUGCGUUAAAAUCUAUAAUGCCUUUGUUAGACCAGUUAAUAAAAGAGCAGCGUAUAACCGUGGAAUUAGUAAAUAAAAUUUUGUUAACCAGACAAAUACCAAUGGAUUUAGCUGGACACUUUGGUUUAUUGGCUCAUAGUUCGGCGGCUAGUAGUGGUAACCAUAUAGAGAAUGUAGGAUCUUAUUUGCAACAACAAAUGUUUAGUCUUAGUGUUUCUCCCUUAUCCCUGCCAAAUUCUGCAAAUUCUAGUCACUUACAAAUGAGUGGAGUAGAUCAAGCUAGCGGUGUUAAUACGGCCAGUAGUGGUCCCUUAGUUCAGCAACAAAUUUCUCAAAAUCGAAAAAUUUCUGAAGGAGACGCCAUGGAAGGUUUACAUUCCAAACAAUUACUUGAUGUAGCUUACGCUCAACAAAGUAGUGGUGGAUUAAUCAGCACACAUCCCGUUAUCGGUUCCGGUUGUCAGUCACCUGUUUAUAGUAGUUUCAGUGGAACGACAUCUCCGAAUCCCUAUGUGCCAAAUACGUCUUUGUUUUGUGGUAGCAGUCAAGGAGCCGGCGGUUCAUCCCCCUUGCAUCAAAUCACUAAAGGUAUAUCAUAUCUCACUACUGGCGGUGGUGGGUCUAUAACACGAGGUACAUCAGCAGCUAGUGAAAUUACAAAUCAACCUUUAGAUUUAUCUAUGGAUGUUUGUAAUUCUGAAGAUUCGGAAACACCACAGGGUUCAUUAACACCACAGAACUGGUUUGUACCGUCUUCGCCUUACUACGAUUUAAAACCACUAAAUUUAUCACCUAUGCAACCUGUUAGAGUUGUUUCCACACCACCAUCUUCUCCUAAUUUGUGUAUAAUACAGGAAGAAAACGCUAACGGACAAAUGUGUCAUACAAUCUCUACUGGCACCCCUUAUGUCGGCUGUACUGGAGGUGUUACUCCAACUCCAUGUCCGGAAGUCAUAACUUUAGGAGACGAUAACAUAUCUCCUGGCCAACAACUGUCACAUCCACAAAUAUGUUUAACAGAUGUGCAAGGAAGUGAAAUCACUCUUGUAGCACUAUCAUCAGAAAACAGUAGGGACAGUGAUUGCGACUCAUUGGACCAAAACAACAUGUCCCUAAUGUCAUUGCAAGGUUUAAUAAUUACGGAACCUUCUAGCGAUAUGCCCUCUAUAACAAGAGGUAUUGGACGUAAGACUAGCUUGGAGACAGAUGUUAAUUCAAGUGUAUCGCAACCAUCAAUAAGCUCCAAUCAACCAAAUGAUAGAAGAGGAAGCGAUAAAUCUUUAGGGUUUUCAGAUGACUCAUUAAGCAAUGAUUCUAACAAUCUCUCACCAUGUCAAGAACCAUCGGCCUCAUCAGGCUUUAAGUCCGAUUCGCAUUCAGAAAUAGGUGAUCACACAGAGGGACAUUUGACUCCUGAUUCCAUGUGUGACUCACGCCGUAUGUCAGAAGAAAUGUGCUACGAAGUUCCAUUACCACACGAAUGUUCAAAUUUGGAUACAACACGAAUAUUACAAAUGGUGAAACAAACUAUUGACUCAACAAUGCCACCAAAAGGGUUCACCCUUCAUAAUGCAGAUGAUUGCACGACAUCAUCAUCUGCUACUAAUACAGGUAAUUGGCCAGAAACUAAAUUGAGCAGUGCAUCUACAGGUACAACUGAUUCUUCACUAUAUUCCGUGGAUAUGUCUACGUCUUCAACUGCUACAAAUUUAAGUUUGGAAUACUCUGGAGGUUUGCAAAUUGAAGUUCAAGUUUGUGAAGGUCGUAAUAGAGACAAUCAGACUACCAGUAAAGGUAUUAAACUGCGGCGUAUAUCUGGAGAUCAAUUUGAAUAUGGAAAGUUAUGUCAGCAGUUAAUAAGUCAACUCACUAUGCAACAAGUAGCGGUUUAAAAAUAAAAAUAAUCCAUUUACACCGCUUCAAAAUACCGACAAUUACCUUUGCACUGAAUCUAAAUAUCCUGGCUCAAAUUUAAUUCAAUUAAAUACGUCAUAAAAUUAAAAGACUAUAGUUUAUUUAAUUAUUAUUCCAAUUUAUAUUAAUAAAAACUUUAUAUUUAGUGCAAUCAACUUAUCCCUCUGUACAAAUGCAAAUCUAUCAAUUACAUGGCUAUCAACGAGAAGUUGCAAAUGAAAAACUUGAUAAGUUUCAUGUAGAGAGUUAUUCACUAAUAUAUAAUUUGAAAUAUGGAUAAAAAGUUGUAUCAAAUGCCUGCAUACAUACAUAUGUUCAUUAGCGUGCUCCCUUCCGUGUAGAGACAAAAAACCUAGACUAUUGACGGCGUUUCGACAAUAAACACAUUACAUUUAACUUGUAUAUGCAGCAGGACAACGUUUUAAUGAUUUUCCUUCUGAAUAUUCUUACUUGAAAAAUUGUAUGUACAUAUGUAUAAUGUCAAACAUUUUGUUAUUAAAGGUUGGAAACGAAAAAAAAUUACAUUUUCAAAUUAAGAUAUUUUACGAUGUUAUUCCGAUUGCGGGAAAUCCCAAGAAUAUAAAUAUAUUUUUUAUUUUUGUUCAAAGUUAUCAGCCGUUAGAUUUUUACUUCGACUGAUAGUUUUGAACAAAAAUAAAAAUUAUACAUAUGUUUUUAUAUUCGGUAAAAAAGCAGAGUGUCAGAGUACAAAUACAACCUUAGGGCUGCGGAAAAUCUAAUUUUGACAACUUAAAUCGUAGAAGAAAUCCACAACAAAUUCAAAUUUAUUUUAAUUUGUUUACGAAUUUCCUCUCUUUCACAUUUAGAGUUGCCAUGCCAUUCAUACUUUAUAUGAACAAAAAUCAUGUGUUAAAUAAAUAAUCUAUGAAAUACAAAAACAAAAAACAAAUAAAAUGGCUACAAAUCUGCAUCCGUAGGUUUGUAUUUUUACUCUCAAUCUCGAAUACUAUUUUUAUACAACUAUUAAUUUAUAUUGCUUUCUCUUAAUUACUUACUGCCUUAUGCAAAAAUAAUUAUUAACUUAACAAUGCUUAUUAAAACCUGUUUUUAUAUGGAAAAAGUGUGUAGUAAACCAUUGUUAACGUUAAUAAUCGUUUUUGCAUAAGGCAUUAACUCAUUAUCUGUUAAUUAGCUUAUAAUUUUAAUAAAAACAUAGAAUCCCAGCAAAAACAUACAUUGGGUUAAAAUCAAGGUUGGCAACCGAUACCAUUUUUAGUACCGAUACCUAUUAAAUACCGUUUAAAAUUGGUAUUGAUACCGAUAACAAAACAAGUUUAUCAUUAUGAUAACGGUAUUAAUACCAGUAUUAAACCAGUAAGUAAUUGGAUAGUUAUAUGUUUUCAAAAUUGCAAUCAUGUCUGUGGUAUUGUGAUGACGACCACUUAUUACAAAGCAAUGUAUUAAAAACCAACGGGUCAUUACGAAAACAUGAACAAUUUUCAGCGGUAUAUGUCUAAUGUUUCUUUUUGAAUUAAUAAAAAAAAAUAUCGUAGAACCACAAAAGUAUAAUAUAUAUUCUGGGUGUGUUUUAAGAUGAUCUGUAACACAUUAUAGGGCCCAAACGGAUGUUCUUUACUUGUUAUUGAAAAUAGGCAAUAUCAGUCCACAAUUCAAGGGUCUUCCUAAAUACCGUGUAUACGCACAUAAAUAUGAAAUUAUGCAAUAAUCAUAAUAUAUUUUUGCACAAGUUUCUUUUAAGUAUCCAUAAGUCAUACAAUGCCAUAAAUGUGACCUUAUAAAAUAUCUUUAAUAUUCAUAUUGAACUUAUAAUUAUUAAUAUCGAGAUAAAAUUUGACAUAAUCUCCAAUGAAGGGACUAUUCGAAAAUUCAGAAUGUGCGCUCAUAAAUUCACUAACAGUGAUAAAUUUCGAUAUUAAUAAGCAGAAUAAUAAUUUUAACGAUUUUCUAAAUUCUAUGAUAAUAGUUCUAUUCUAUAAUAAAUACCGAUUAAAAUGGUAAAAUUUAUUUACACAUUAACAUUUAAGUCAUUUUAAUACGGCGAUAAUAUUGGAGCAAGUACUUACCCCACUCACUCACAAGUAGAGAGCUAUGUCAAUACUUAAUACGAUCGCCUGCAAAUAAGGAGUUACUCGUUCUACAAAACGAAAAAAAAUCUUUUUUAAAAAAACAACGUUCGAAAACAAAAUGUCAAGGCUAAAAAGUACAUACGAAUAUAUUAAUGCAGGCGGUAUAUAGUAGUCAUUGAAAAGUAAGUUCUUGCGUAAUUACGAGUCAUUAAUAUGUUUUGCUGGGAUCUUCAAAAAAUUUCAAACAAUAAAAAAUUUAUCUUAUUCUUAAUGUUUGAAGUAACAAAUUUUGUAAAUUUAUAUUCUCCUUAAAAUAUUAACAUUGCGCAAAAUUUUCAAUUGCUUUACAAUUUUAACGUUUAUUAGCUGACUGAUAAACAUUGGACCAAAAACAAAAAUGGAUUGGUAUUCUCAAGAGUUCACAGAAUCCAAAACCUAUUAGCUUUUUUGAAUAUUGUUUAUACGGACUUAAUAUCUAAAAUUAAAAAUGUAAAAUUUGUUUCGUUUCCAUCCUUUAAUCCUAUAUGCAAAAUAGUAUAUAUUACACAAAAAAGUUACUACUCGAAUAGAUCUAUAACUUAUAAUUACGUAAAAUUGUACCGAAAUUUGUGAGAAAACAAGUAAGAGUUCUAUAUCGUCAUAUGAAAUCCAAAAAGCCCCAAGUUACAAAAAAAUCAAAAUCGACUUUUUGAUUGAUUAUGAUGCAUCGUAUCAAAAUACAUGUUCCUACUGAAUUUUACACUCCUACAAUUAAAAUCAACGUCCCUAUCAAAGAAAUUUUAAAAGGUUAUGUUCUAAAAUUACCUUGAAAUUCAUGAAAAUUUUAAAAUUCUUUUGAAUUUUUAACUUCGAAACUGUGAAAUGUUAUAAGUUGGCAUCAAAUGAAACAAAAAUGGCACUUUAAGCGAAUCCUUGUAAUUUAGAGAUUAUUUUAUCAGUUUUAGAUUUUUUUCAAAGAAAAAUUCCAAUUUCCUAAAAUCUUUAUGAAAACAAAGAAGCCUUAUGACUUCCAUGUUUCGGCCUAUUUGACCAACAAAACCGAUUUGAAUUUACUAUUUUUUAAUGUAACUUAGGCUCUUUUGGGUUUCAGAAAAAACAAAUUCUCAAGGGCGUAAGUUUCAUAUAUCCGUAAGUAAACCAAAAACCGCAAAUGUUUCUUCAAAUAAUAAUUUUUAGUUUAUUUAUCAUUUUAGACGGUUUUUUGCUUCUCCUGAAAAAUUUGUUCAAUGUGACUUAGGGCUUUUUGGAUACCAUAUGACGAUAUUCGCCUUUGCCGAAUCUUAUAUACCCUUCAACAUAGUGAGUUUAAAAAAGUUUAAUUUUAUUAAAUUAAAUAUUUCCCGGCUAUUACCAAUAACUUAGAAAUAGCAAAACAAAAACAAAAAUAUAUUGUGGGAAUUAUAAACUUAUAUAUUCCCUUCUCACGAGGUGAAGGGUACAAAAAUUAAAUAUUUUCCAAAGUUUUUUUUAAUUUACUUACUACAUUUAACUAUUUCACAGAUUUUAAAGUUUAAAUGUAAUAACCAACUGCGUAUAUUUUUGCAUUUUUAGAGCAUAUUUUACGUAUUUAUAGCAUAUUUUGGAAUUUCACGUAUUAUUUUUUUAUUUUCGUUAUUUUUCAUAAAUUUUUUCAAAUUUAAUAAUUUUUAAAUUUGUUGUGUGAUUCAAAUAAUUUUUAACCUGAACACAAUACUUUUUUACAUUGACGAGGUCAAAAAGGUCUGAAAAUUAUGUUAUAAAAAACAACAUUUCGUGUCUUUAUGUUUAAACUAAAUUUUGAAAUAGUUUAAAUGUUAAUUUACCUUCGAAUAACCAUUAAAUAACAGAAAAAAAUAACCUAAAAAU